AUGGUUGACACGCUCAAGAACACUUGUAGCGUUGACCUUAUUGGUGGUCCAAAGAAGCUCAGAAACAGGAGUUGUCCCCUUCCAGAUGAGGUGCUCGCAGAGAUCAUAUCCUACCUUCCGGCGAAGGCCUUCUUCAAGCUCCUCCCUGUUUGCAAGACCUUUCGCCAGCUCUCGUCAAAUUCUCAUUUCCUACUUUCGCAAUCACGCUACAAUAAGACCGUCUCCGGCUUUAUCAUCCAUAGUGAUAACUUCUUGAAGUCCAUCAUCCUCAUUGACCCCUACGCCGGCGUGCCUAGUAGUAACCUCGAAUUCAUAGCCGAUAUGGAAUCUAUCAUCCUCGGGUCAGCUGGUGGCCUUGUCUUCGUCUUGAAUCAGAAAUAUGAAAGGUUCGAUGCUACUACCACCGGCAUAUGUGUCUACAACCCGGCCCGUGGGACUCGAUGCUGGCUCCCUUCCCCCCCGGGUGAGUGUACCCCGGGGGGUAUCGCGGUAAGAUUCAUGAACGACGGAGAUCGGGUGAUGAAAGACUACAAGUUGGUCUACCUCACACAAACCUGGGGAUUGAGCAAAUCGCACCACUGUCGGGUCUAUGACUCAGUUGCUAGGGCGUGGACGAUGGAUAAGGAGCUCGACUUGGGGCAUCAGCAACUAGACUUGGAGGACCCGGUGGUCUGCGGCGACGCCGUGUUCUGGUUAUCAUCAGAGUCGAAGUGGUACGCGAGGAUUGGCCCAUAUGUCGUCACCUUCGACGUGAGGGAGGAGCGCACACAAAUCAUCCCUCUGCCGAGUGAAAUAGUCAUCGACUUCUUUGCAAUUUUCGGAAUAGCCAAGUGGGAGGGGAAGUCGUUGUGCCUGAUCCAUUACAGCUCAUCUUCUGGGGUGAUCGGUCUGUGGCUAUUGAAGAAGACAAGCGACGGUGCGGUAGAAUGGGUGAAGAUGCAUGAGAUAAGCUUGUCCCAGAUGGGGUUUCCGGGAGACCCGUGUUUUGUGAACUACGUCAAACUGAUUGAGGUGUCGACGACGACCACGCUACUUGUUUUCACCACAUAUGACUCGAUGUACAGUUACAAUAUAAAGGAUGGAGGAGCACUCAAGUGGCAAGGUUGCUGGGGAUUCGCUUAUUCCCCCAAGUUCAUCCCUUACUGUAAUACGCUUCGACCAUGCGGUGACCGAGAAGAGCUGUUGGAAGCAAUCUGA